GGACGGUGAGUGAUUGACGGGGAGGUGGUGGAGAGUAAUGGCCACCUGUGCUGGGUUAGGGCGGUGUUGCUCGGUGAGGCUCGCGUUGCAGUCGGUCCGAGCGUGUCCGGUCGUGGCUCGUGGAUAUGCCAAGAAGGCGGCUGUCAAGGGGAAAGGAAAGAUGGGAGUUAAAGAAGUUCUGCAAGGUCCAGAGGUUUGUAAGGAUCCUGAAAUUUUGACCACGCAUGCUGUGGGAGUCAAUAUUUAUAAACAAGGCAAAGAUCCAGAACUGCGGCCAGACGCAGAAUACCCUGAGUGGUUGUUUAGGUUGCACCUUGGUCCACCAAAGAGUUUGGAUGAACUAGACCCGGAAUCUUGGGAAUACUGGAAACUGAUUAGAAAACAGCACAUGUGGCAACACAACAAAGUUCACAAAGGAAAGGCAUUCUAGAAAAAUCUUAAGGAUAUUGGACUCGGAGAUCCAUUUCUCGACAAUGAGGAUUGCAGUCUGAAGGAGAGAAUUCAAAUCACGGACAUCCUGUGCUACUUACACUGAAGAAAGUGAGCACUGCAGAUGCUGGGGAUCAGAGCUUAAAAAUGUGUUGCUGGACGGACUUAUGCCCGAAACAUCGAUUCUCCUGUUCCUUUGAUGCUGCCUGACCUGCGCUUUUCCAGCAACACAUUUUUAAGCUACUUGCACUGAAACCAACAAUCAAACACACAGGAGUGUAUUGUGAAGGAAUUGUCUGUGUUCCAAAGGAAUUGUGUCUGUGUUCCUUGAACAUGGGUGAUGUGAUUCAGACAGUGACACUUGGGAAAAAUGUGCUUCACAUUUUCCAUUUACUGAUAAAUGAUGCAGAAUAAAAAUAGCAAUUUACAAAAA